GGGGGCGUACGGUGCAGCUCUUGGCCCGGCUCUGCCGAGGGAAAAUGCUAGCCGGGGGUUUGCUGGCCGGUUUCUCCGUGCUCAGCCUGCUCACCUACGGCUAUUUGGCUUCGGACGCGGCUGGCGACCCCGAGAGCGCGGGCGCGACGGCCAAGUUGGAAGAAGGACCCGAAGCGGAGCCCGCCCCUUCUCCGCCACACCUCAUCUUCAUCCUGGCGGACGACCAGGGGUUCAGGGACGUGGGCUACCAUGGCUCGGAGAUCAGGACGCCCACCUUGGAUAAGUUGGCGGCGGAAGGGGUGAAGUUGGAGAACUACUACGUCCAGCCCAUGUGCACCCCGUCCAGGAGUCAAUUCAUCACGGGAAGGUAUCAAAUCCAUACUGGUCUUCAGCAUUCAGUCAUAAGGCCCACUCAGCCUAACUGUUUACCGCUGGAUAAUGUGACACUACCUCAGAAGCUGAAGGAAGCUGGCUACUCCACCCACAUGGUUGGCAAAUGGCACUUGGGCUUCUACCGCAAGGAAUGCAUGCCAACACAGCGAGGGUUUGAUACCUUUUUUGGCUCUCUCUUGGGCAGCGGCGAUUAUUACACUCAUUACAAAUGCGACAGUCCUCGGAUGUGCGGCUACGACUUGUAUGAGAAUGACAAUGCUGCAUGGGAUCAUGACAAUGGCAUGUAUUCGACGCAGAUGUACACGCAAAGAGUGCAACAAAUCUUAGCCUCCCAUAACCCCAGGAAACCCAUAUUUUUGUACAUUGCAUACCAAGCUGUCCAUUCUCCACUUCAGGCACCAGGCAAGUAUUAUGAGCAUUACCGAUCGAUAAAUAAUAUAAACCGACGUAGGUAUGCUGCUAUGCUGGCAUGCUUGGAUGAAGCUAUCAACAAUGUGACUCUUGCAUUAAAGAGGUAUGGUUAUUAUAACAAUAGCAUUAUCAUUUACUCAUCUGACAAUGGAGGGCAGCCCACAGCCGGUGGAAAUAACUGGCCUCUCAGAGGAAGCAAGGGGACAUACUGGGAAGGAGGGAUCCGAGCAGUUGGCUUUGUUCAUAGCCCUCUGCUUAAAAACAAGGGGUGCGUGUGCAAGGAGCUCAUCCACAUAACAGACUGGUUCCCUACUCUGAUCAUGUUAGCUGAAGGGCAGAUUGAUGAGGACACCGAACUGGAUGGCUAUGACGUGUGGGAGACCAUAAGUGAAGGCCGACGGUCUCCAAGGAUGGAUAUUUUGCACAACAUUGAUCCUAUCUACACCAAAGCCAAAAACGGUUCCUGGGCAGCUGGCUUUGGACUAUGGAACACUGCGAUUCAGUCAGCGAUCCGUGUGAACCACUGGAAACUAUUGACGGGGAACCCAGGAUACAGUGACUGGGUCCCUCCGCAGUCGUUCAGUAACGCUGGCCCCAGUCGCUGGCACAAUGAACGAGUUUCAUGGACCGCUGGGAAAACCGUGUGGCUGUUCAACAUCACGGCUGACCCAUAUGAGCGAGUGGACCUUUCCAGUAAGUACCCAGAGGUGGUAAAGCAGCUGUUGCGUAGGCUUUCGCAGUUCAACAAGACUGCUGUCCCCGUCCGAUACCCACCUAAGGACCCCAGGAGUAACCCCAAUUUUAAUGGAGGCGUUUGGGGCCCAUGGUUCAAGGAGAAUGAGAAGAAGAAGAAGCCCAGCAAAAACAAAGCAGACACUAAGCAAAAUAAAAACAAAAACAAGAAGAAACCUGACAGAAGAAAAGGACAUUCCCUGAGGUGCUAUGCAGGUGGAUAGUUUCAGUGGGGUCUUAUGCUACAAUCCUAAGCAUACAU